AUGACUGGCCAAUCAUCGACUGUAGUAAAUUUUGCACUGUCCAAGGACUUUGAUGAACCGGUGAGAGUGAAAUUGCAUUUGCUGAAAGGGGUAUUGUCCUCUGCGCUUCUAGAGAAGCACCAUGGAACUCUAUCAUAUCAUUCAAAACAUAAAAGCUACACUGAUGUUUUAGUGAAGGAGAAGCUGAAGCUACUACAUUCAGAAACAGAGCUUGUUGUUCAGAUACACGUUGAAUCAGGAGUAGGGAAGCAACUAUGCAUCCCUGUAACAGGUGGGCUAAGGGGCCAUGAGGAAAAGAGUAUAUGCCAUAAAGUUGUCAAGGAGGGUGAAACAACCUAUAUCGAUGACCAACUACUAGUAUUUGAAACAAUCGACAGAGAGCUUUUACAAAGUGACUCGGAAAUUUCAGUGUCAUCUUCUUAUUUCCAAAAACAAACAGGUUUAGAUUCUCAAAAGUCACCUUUCGAUGAGCAAUGGAUAGAACUGCCCAUUGAGUAUUCUAAAUUGCCGCCUGAAGCCACAUUAAGUUUCAAUAUAUUUUCCUUUAACAUACAGAAUGGACAGAGAUCUAUAUUCUACUGUGGUCGUUUACCUUUAUUUGAGAGCAACUUUACCUUAAAGAGUGGAGUAUGUGAAGUUACACUUUCAGACCCUUAUCCAGAAGAGGAACUUAACAAGCGGUCUGAUCAAGCUGCUGCAAAUAGCAUACCUCGUUUUAGAGAUAAUAAACCCGACUGGUUGGCAAAACUGACUGCGUCUAAACUGGAGGAAAGAGAAGAGAAAUUAUCCAGGCUAGAUUCUGGGUUCGUGCAAAAGCAAAAAUUAAUUGUUGAACUUCCUUAUACCGAUAUCCCUAUAGUGUUUUCGGAUAUAAAGUAUGUUCCUUUGAAUAUACCCACCCAUGAAUCCUCUACUUCCGUAGUCAAUUACGACCCGACAUUUAAUCGCAUUACUUACAGCAAUAUAGGUGUUGAUGACUUAACUAAGGAUGAACAUAAAGAAUAUAUCCAUAGAAAUGAGCUAUUCGAUCCAGAUAUGAUUAGAGGGGAACUGAUGGAAGAUCCAAUCGAAAAAAAGUUCAGGCGGUUAGAAAGGAUGCAGCAUCUUUCACCACUCGAUAAAGAGUUAAAACCAACAUUACGAAUGCGUGAAACCUUAUCUAAGGUAAUGAAAAAGCAAUUCUUUCAGAAAAUGUCUGCCAAGGAAAGAAAUAUAGUCUGGAGGUAUAGGUGGUUUAUUUUAAACAGCAUAAUUGUUGGCAACCCUGGACAAAGUAAUGCCGUGAUAAAUUUUAUCAAAUGUGUUGAUUGGAAUAAUACCAUUGAGGUGUCAGAGUUUAAAAAAAUAUUGAAGUCACUACAAGAAAGUAAGAAACUGAAGCUUAAUACUUUAGGAAGGACAUAUGAAUCACCCAUUGAUGUUUUAAUUGAGAAAACUCAAAUCAUCGAUUGUUUGGAAUUGCUCAGUGGCAAUUAUAGAACUCCUAUAGUUAGAGAGAUGGCUGUUAGACGGCUCCAAAAUGCGAAUGAUACUGAAUUGGCGAUGUUUAUGGUUCAGCUGGUACAAAGCAUUAAGAACGAAAUGUUGGUAGGAGAUUCAGAGCAUGCUGUCUCCGACGCUAAUUUUGGCGCACCCCGAAUGAUGCCUAUUGCGGAAGAAGAAAUGAAUCGUGUUGAGGAAGAGGACAAUUACUUAAAAAUAACUAGAAAUGCUGGCCAAAAUUCUGGUUAUACAAUGGGAUCUAGUGAUUACCAAUUUAUUGAGUAUGAUCCCGUUUCCCACUCGGAUACUAGUAUUGUCGAAUUUAUUGAUAGUAUACUGUUCAAAAAAAAUCAAAAACAGGAAAAUGAAAGAAGUAUCAAAAUAAAGUCGAAGUUCAUAAACUUUUUGGUUGAAAGGUCUAUUAAUAACAGCACUUUAACCAAUUAUUUUUAUUGGUGUUUGAAAGUGGAGCUUGAGGAAGAACGUCUUCGCAACAAAUCGCAUCUUCCUGGAGACGCUGAUACCAGUACCAGCUCAGGUAGAAAUGGCAACUCAGCUUUUAGUAAUAUCUACGAGCUAACUAUGAAAAAAUUUGUUAUAUCUCUGUUUCAGAGUCGACAGGGAAAGGAGAAGUUAUACCAGUUGAGAAGACAGAUAGAAUUGGUAAGUAAACUUCAUCAAAUGACUUUGAAAAUCAAAAUUGAACAUAAAAAAGAAACCACACCAAGAAAGCUGGAACUGCUUAAGGAGAUGUUAGCUGAGAAACACAAAAAAACUAUAUUUGGUUCAGCAUACGACAAUCGAAACUCCUUUAUUGAAGAAUCCAAAUACGAAACUAUGGUGGAUUUCCCCAAGCUACCCCUUCCACUUGAUCCGGCAAUAAUAGUAAAUGGGGUAUACCCGGAGGAUUCUGCCGUUUUCAAAUCUAGCUUGAACCCUUUGAAAAUCACUUUUAAGACUACUACAGGAAGAAAAUAUCCUAUCAUGUAUAAAAUAGGAGAUGAUUUAAGACAAGAUCAAUUUGUAACACAGGUAAUUACCUUAAUGGAAAAUAUACUAGAGAAUGAAAACAUGGACUUGAAAUUGAAUCCAUAUAAAAUUUUAGCUACGGGACAAGAGGAAGGAUUUAUACAGUUUAUUCCAAACAACUCGUUGUCACACAUUCUUGCCAAAUAUAACAAUUCAAUCCUUCAAUAUUUGCAGACGUUUAAUCCAGAUCCAACUGCGCACUUAGGUAUUGUUCCUCAGGUGAUGGAUAAUUACGUGAGGUCAUGUGCUGGAUAUUGUGUAGUAACGUACAUCUUAGGGGUUGGUGAUAGACAUUUAGAAAACCUCUUACUAACAAAAGAUGGUCAUUUCUUUCAUGCUGAUUUUGGUUAUAUUCUAGGGCAAGAUCCAAAGCCUUUUCCUCCGUUGAUGAAAUUACCCAUACAAAUAGUUGAUGGAAUGGGUGGGUAUGAUGACAUAAAUUACAAGACCUUCUGUCAAUAUUGUUUUAUUACAUACAUUACCCUACGGAAAAAUGCGUCUUUGAUCCUCAACCUUGUCCAGUUAAUGAUAAAUACUUCAAUCCCUGCUCUCCGAACAGGAAUAGAAAACAGUGAAAGCGAAAAAAUGGAAUUACUCUGGAAAGUAGAGGAGAAGUUCAUGUUAGACAUGGAUGACGAAAGUGCAGUUUUGCAUUUUCAAAACCUCAUUGAUAGCAGUGUGAAUGCGGUGUUGCCCGUUGUGAUUGACAGAUUACACAACCUUGCCCAGUACUGGAGGUCUUAG